CAGGUGACCACCAUGACCCAAUCACCUUCCCUUUGAGCUGCCCCUUUAAAUUGAUUGUCGUGUGUGCUUCCGGGUUUUCUCCUCUUUUCUCCAAACAUUGCUGCUGCUCAUUGUUGGCUGUCUGAUCGGUUGUUUAUAAAACAACCAGAGCGCUUAGAUUGACUCAUCGGUUGGUUUGUCUUUGAGACGUGAAGAUUUGUGGUUGUGAUCUAUUGCCAGAAUCGAACAAGUUACCAUUACCACCUCCUCAGACAAUCAUUACUCGACGGUGAGUAGAUAACGGGGAAUUUUUUUUCAUUCUGCUCCGCUAGUUAGCGUUAGCAAUCAACUCGACAAUCAGUGGCUCACAUCAAAUUGUCCUACUUAUUACUUGCUUAACGGCAGCCGAAUUAAAGACCACACCUUUAAUAUUUAAGGGUUUGCUUUUCAAUUUUAGAUUUUAUUAUUUUUUCAUGAUUUCUUAUUGGUGUUUGCACUCCAUGUUGGUGCAACAAUGGAAUUUGGUACCUAAUAUGAUUUAGUUUGUAGCUACUUUGAUCAAUCACAUUUUAAGUUGAUUGAUUUGAUUCAAUAUUAGUUGUUUGUAAUGAUUGCUAAUUAGAUUACUUAAUUGAUUUUGAACUUGAAUUAUGAAGUGCACUUUUUAAAAGGAUUUCUUUCUUUUUUUUUUGAGAUUGUUAAAAUAUAGGAAGAAUAUAUUUAACAGUCUUCUUGCCCCUCCUUUAGUACAAAUGAACUAAAUGUGUUAUCUGGCCUUUUAGGUCAGGUUUUUUUUCCUCCUUGGAUUCACCUCUUUGACGAAGGAAGAUGGCGAGCUACCCACCCACCACCUGGUGGUAGGAAACGGAACUGCAUUUCUUUCCUACAGGAAAUGAACUAAAACUCUUAAGGAGUAUUGCAAGGGGAAAAUACUUGUCUCCUUUUGCUUUUGGACUUCUUGUGGACUCUAUUGGAUUUUGACAUAUCACUGAUUAUAAUAAUUGUUUUGUUGGGUUGUUUUUUUUCCUCCUUCCGUUUUUUUUGGGGAAAUUUAUUGUUUUGUUGGUUUGGUAUUAUUAUUAUUAUUAUUAUUAUUAUUAUUAUUAUUAUUACCACUGCAAUAAAUAGCAGUAUCAACAAACUUUACUUUUGCAUCAGUUGUAUUACUUAUUCACCAUUAUCAUGACUCCGUAUCGUACCUAGUUCUGAUUUUAUAAACUGGUUAAUAUUACAACUUGCAGUCAGAGCUGCGCAGUGAAAAAAAAGCGCUACAAGUGGCGAGCUAGCCAGGAGUCUUGUAAUGGGUGAAUAAUUGAACAACUUCACAGUGUCUUUAAUUUUGAUGAGUUAGAAAAAAAAUGGAUGUUGUUACUCAGUUGGGUUUAAACAUGCAACGAUCUGUGUUAGUUACUGGCACUCAGAGCGAUGAUGAUGAAAAAGAGAUAGUUGAACGUUUACAAUGUUAUGGUGCAGUAAAGGAGGUUUUUCAUGUUAAUGAUCCACAAAGUGCAUUUUAUAAAAACCUGAUUGUCGAGUUUGAAGAAGAUUCUUCAUUAAUUGCAUUACAACCCCUUUUCCCGUAUGAUUAUCCUUCUCGAACCAGAUUAGAUAUGAUAUUUCAUGUUACCUCUCUUGCUUCAGAAUAUGCAGCCGCAGUGAGUAGCAGCAGUUCCCCGAUAGAUUACAUUGAUGAGUUGAAGAACAUAGCUACGCUGCGAAAACGAUUUGAGGAGGUUCUUAAAGGUGUGAUGGACCAAAUCAGCACACAUUUGGAGUUGGCAGGAGGUGAUGAUGGAGAUGAUGAGGACAAGAAAGAUGACAUCCUCACCUUAGCACAACCUGUGCAAAGCCAGCAGACAUUGCUAUCUGUGCCUCAAGCGGUUUCAGCCCCUCCAACCCAUUCAUAUACUGAUUGGCAGGGAGAGCCACCUGGAGCUAGCCGCUCCCCUACACCGCCAAUCCAGAGAGUUUCUUUGUCAGGGAAUGACCUUAUUCCACAGAAUGUUCAAAAAGUUGUGGUGGAGCAUGUUGUAAAAAAUAGUGACUUUUCUACAUCCUCACUUAGACUCCGCUCAUUUUCAGGAAAAAUUCCAAAACCAAGCAAUGAAGCGGAUUAUGACUCAUGGCGAUCCCAAAUAGAGUUGCUGCUUGCUGAUCCCAGCCUUUCCAGACUGCAUAUUAAUCGGCGAAUUGUUGAAAGUUUGUUAUCACCAGCUGCCGAUUUGAUUAAAUGUUUGAGCCCUGGUGCAUCACCUUCCACUCUUCUUCAAGUCCUUGAUUCAGCUUUUCAAACAGUACAGGAUGGAGAGGAGCUGUUUGCUCAGUUUCUGAACAUUUUCCAGAAUCCUGGUGAGCGGCCAUCCUCCUAUCUCCAGCGAUUGCAGCUUACUCUCAGCACAGUAAUAAAAAGAGGAGGAAUAUUACCAAGAGACAAGGAUAUGUAUUUACUUAGACAGUUCUGCCGUGGAUGCUGGGACAAUUCAGUCAUCUCCAAGUUGCAGCUUGAGGAAAAGAAAAGCAACCCUCCACCAUUUUCUGAACUCCUGUUGGCACUCCGAACAGAAGAGGACAGACAAAUUGCUAAAGAAUCUCUAAUGAGAAAGCACAUCCAGUCAUCUAAACAGAAAGUGACCAUUCAGUCUCAGAGUACUUGCUCUUGUGGUCAUGAGACAGUUAAUGAAGAACUGAAAGAAUUAAAAAAGCAGAUUCAACAACUCCAACAACAGAUGUCUUCCUUCAUGUCUAAAAAGACAUCUGUUAGUGUAAAAUCAGAGUUACGGCAGACCAAGUCUAAGCCAGGUACCAGUUUUACCUCACCUCUGACCGCUGGAAGACCAAAGGCAGGAUAUUGCUUUAACUGUGGUGAAGAUGGUCAUAUUUCUUCCCAUUGUAGUAAUAAAGCGAAUCCAGGCCUUGUGGAACAUAAGAAGAGACAGCUCCGUCAGAAACAACAAGCAUGGGAUGAAAAAAAUUCGAGCCAGCCGUUAAACUAAAUGCAGUUUCUGCUGAGGGACACUCAGGAGCUGCUACUAUUAGCUGUCCCAAACCCCAUUCUGAAUUGUCUUGUGUAUUACCCAAGGGUCUUAUUGGCAUGAAGAGCAUGGGCCAGAUUCAAAUAAAAGGAACCACCUUCAGCUGUCUUCUUGACAGUGGGUGCAAGUCACUACAGUACCACAUUCAUUUUAUAAUAUGCACCUUUUGACCAUGAAAUUAUGCCUUUGAACAGUCUGUUGGAAGUUGAGGGUGCUAAUGGUCAAAAUGUGCCAUACCUUGGGUACAUUGAAUUAAAUUUGACUUUUCCACCUGAAUUUCUUGGCUCACCAAUUGAUGUGGACACCCUAGCUUUGGUGGUUCCAGACACCAAAACCACACAUCCACUUUUACUAGUAGGCACAAAUACCCUUGACAUUGCUUACAAAAGCACCUUGAGAGCCAGUCUACUACUUUUAAGCCCAUUGCCUUUGGGUAUCAAACUGUCCUGAAGAUCCUGCAGCGCAGGCAUACUCAAACCACAUCUGAAAAUCCAGUUGUCCUAACUCUGCAGUCUGACCAACCACAAACAAUAUUAUCUGGUCAAACUGUUGUUCUUGAGGAUGUUUGACCGCCGGUUACUGAGGGAAGAGAAGGUGGUUGUUGUUGAAUACCCAGCUUCUUCCUGUCUGCCUGGCGGACUUAUGGUUAACACCUGUCUCAUUAAUAUACCUCAACAUCGGCCUUGUAAUCUGCCAGUUGUGGUAACUAAUGAGUCAAACCAUCCUGUCAUCAUCCCCGCCAGAGCAGCCAUUGCAGAGAUUGCUGCGUUCCAGUCUGUUAUCUCAAAAGAGCAUAGUGUCAAAGUCCAUGAGUCUGCAGCGCCAUUAACAACUCAGCUUCAAUAUAAUUUUGGAGAAUCACCUCUAACACCAGAAUGGAAAAGUCGGAUCAUUUCAAAGCUCAACAACAUACCAGAGGUCUUUGCCAAACAUGACCUUGAUUUUGGUCGAACAGACAAAGUAAAACAUCAGAUAAGAUUGUCUGACCCGACACCAUUUAAACAAAGACCACGCCCUAUACAUCCACAGGAUGUUGAUGCUGUGAAAAGCAUCUGCAAGAAUUGUUUGAGUCUGGAAUAAUCCGUGAAUCAGAGUCUCCAUUUGCCUCACCCAUUGUGGUGGUUCGUAAGAAAAAUGGCUCUGUACGUCUCUGUAUUGAUUAUCGAAAACUCAACAUGCAAACUAUUAAAGAUGCUUAUGCUCUUCCGAAGCUAGAAGAUGCAUUUACUGCACUGGCAGGCUCUAAAUGGUUCUCUGUGCUGGACCUAAAAUCUGGGUAUUACCAGAUAGAGAUGGAGGAAGCUGAUAAGGACAAGACAGCAUUUGUUUGUCCUUUAGGCUUCUGGGAAUUUAAUCGCAUGCCACAGGGAGUGACCAAUGCUCCGAGCACAUUUCAACGACUUAUGGAAAAAUGUAUGGGUGAGCUCCAUCUGAAAGAGGUCUUGGUUUUUAUUGACGAUUUGAUCAUCUUCGCACCAACUCUUGAAGAACAUGAAGAAAGAUUGAUGAAAGUCCUAAACAAAUUAAAGGACUUUGGACUAAAACUGUCUGUUGAAAAAUGUGUGUUCUUCCAAACUUCAGUGAAGUAUCUCGGCCAUGUUGUGUCCCAGGAUGGUGUGGAGACAGAUCCUGAUAAAAUUUCCACUCUUGCAUCUUGGCCGGUGCCAAAGAAUUUGAAAGAACUAAGAUCAUUCCUGGGAUUUGCAGGAUAUUAUCGACGAUUUGUGAAGGAUUAUUCUACAAUCGUCAAGCCGCUACAU